CUUCACGACCACGACACCCUCACACGCGGCUAACUGUCCCAACCCGAAUACGACCACCCAAGUAACCCUAUAACAUCGACAAUGGCUGAGGGAAGCAACUUCGACUAUCUCUUCAAGGUGGUCUUGAUUGGAGACUCGGGCGUAGGGAAAUCAAACUUGCUCUCGCGAUUCACUCGUAACGAAUUCAAUCUCGAGACGAAGUCAACGAUUGGGGUUGAGUUUGCGACACGGACGAUCAGUGUUGAUGGAAAGACAUUGAAGGCUCAGAUUUGGGAUACCGCCGGACAGGAGCGGUAUCGGGCAAUCACUGCCGCUUACUACCGUGGUGCAGUCGGCGCACUUCUUGUCUACGAUAUCGCAAAACAUGCAACAUACGUCAAUGUCACCCGGUGGUUGAAGGAGCUUCGUGACCAUGCGGACUCGAACAUCGUCAUCAUGUUGGUCGGGAACAAGAGUGAUCUUAAGCACCUCCGUGCCGUGCCCACAGAAGAGGCGAAGGCGUUCUCUGCGGAGAACGGUCUUUCAUUCAUCGAGACUUCUGCCCUCGACGCAUCAAACGUCGAGUCUGCGUUCCAGACCAUCCUUACCGACAUCUUCCGUAUCGUUUCCAACAAGUCGCUCGAACCAUCUGGGGACGCCAUCAAGCCCUCUUCCGGCGACACCCUCACCGUCAGCCCCAGUGUGGACACAUCGAAUGCUCAGGCGAGCAAGUGCUGUUAAGCCAGAGAGCAGUCCCGUGAGCUAUGGUAGACGGGGUUUUGCGGCAGGAGACGAGAUGUACACGGUUUGGAGUCGGUUCGUCAGUACAGGUACAUUUUGUGCGUUUCUGUAAUAUCUUUUUCUCUGUUCGCUUGUUCGUGUUUGAUUCUUUGUGGAUGGAUCAUGGCCGUCAUAUACCUUAGCCUUGCCAGUGCUGAGCACAUGUGCCUGUUGUUGUCUUUGCAUCGUAGUCUGCCAAGGAGUGUCACAUCCCACCAUAUCAAGGCCUCUCUGGUCCGGGGCAGCGGCUCCCUGUAUAUGGUAGAAAUGUCGUUUAUCACAAUGCCCAUGAAAAGCAACUCUUUUC